AUGGCUGCCGUCGCAACAGAAGCCCCCAAGAUGGACGAGCAGGUCGACCUCACCACCAUCCCCGUCGACCCCGCUGGCAAGGAAGACUCUUCCGACGUCAAGGAUGACAAGCCUGUUACUGUCUUCCAUGACAAGGACAACUUCAACGUCAAGCACCCUCUCCAGAACAAGUGGACUCUUUGGUUCACCAAGCCCCCGAGCGGAAAGGGCGACAACUGGAACGAUCUCCUCAAGGAGGUUAUCACGUUCGACUCUGUUGAAGAGUUUUGGGGCGUCUAUAACAACGUCGCACCCGUUUCCGAACUCUCCCUCAAGUCCGACUACCACCUUUUCAAGGAAGGUGUUCGCCCUGAGUGGGAGGAUCCCCAGAACAAGCAUGGUGGCAAGUGGUCUUACCAGUAUAAGGACAAGCGCAACAUCGAUAUCGAUCGUCUGUGGCUCCAGGUGAUGAUGGGCGCUAUUGGCGAGACUCUUGAGAACGAAGAUGAUGGCGAAGUUAUGGGUGUUGUUGUCAACGUCCGUAAGGCAUUCUUCCGUAUCGGCGUCUGGACUCGCACCAUAGGAAAGAGCAUUCCGGGCCGAGGUGAAGGUGACGUCGCCGGCGGUAAGGGCCGUAGCGGGGAGAAGGGUAAGGAGAUUCUCCUGUCUAUCGGACGCCGCUUCAAGGAGGUCCUCGAGCUGCCCGCUUCCGAGCAAGUUGAGUUUUCUGGUCACACCGACAGUGCUCACUCUGGUAGCACGAGAGCCAAGGCCAAGCACGUCGUUUAA